CUCACCGGGUGUCCACCUGUCUGCAAAUAGGAACGAGACUCCUCCUCCAUUACGUGUAGUCAAAUAUCUAGAUUGUUCAACUAUUGUUCUGCUGUGGUUUGUACCCCUAUUACCCUUGUCCAAGGGUGUCGAUGUAGUAAAACAAGUUGAACAGUUUUACUGGGGUCCUAAUCACAGGGAGGCCCCUGGGCAUUUGUAAAUUUCUUUUAUUUCAAUAUUUCAGCUAUUAAAAAAACAUGAGUGUUAAAAUGAGUAAAAUUUGCUGUUAAAGUUAAGUAAGGUUGUUUUGAUCAAAUUAGAGCUAUGUUCACACUGCAGGUCAAUUCCAUUUUUUGUUUUUGUAUUAUUUAUUCAUUAUUAAUUUUUUUUUCCGUCCAAUGUCGGCCUAUCUGAUUGUUUUCACCUCAAUCUGAACAGGACGGGGCGUGUAGGCUAAACGUCAUUAAACGGCGACAAACGUCACAAUCGUUUGACAAAACAGACAUGCCACAAAACGGCAACGGCGGACGAAGGCAGUGGCAAAAAAAAAAAAAACAACAAAAAAAAAAGAUGCUUCUUUUGAACAGAUGGAUACAAGAAAAUGUUGGCUCCAGUUGCACAAAAUCGUUGCAAUCGCCACAAGUGCGUCAUGAACUACGCGAAGGGCAUAGUCACUUCCGUCAAUCCGGCGAUUCGUGUUUGUGCGCAUGUGCAAUGUGACGUCAUGGACGCGUUCCGUCCGCAGUACAAGUCGCAUUUGUUUUCAGUAAUGUGAACGACUACAUAAAAAGAUAAGAUUUAACCAAAAAAAUCUGAAUUGGGCAUCAAUAUUACUGGCUCCAGGACAAGCACCGCUUCACUAUGAUUGGCUGUUGUAUCUCAUUAGAACACGCCCUAUUGCUUCCAGACAGGCAACGUAUGUGACGGAAGUGUGGUGGCGUUAAUAUGUUUCCCCCUAACCCACCUUAAUCCAUCCUAAACAGCCUUAAACCCCAACCGUCGGCUCCAAACAUAACCACAAACGUCUGUUUUUAUUUUGUACAAAUGUGAUGCAUGCGUGUUUGAGAUGGUCAUCUCGUUACAAUUGCGUAGCCUACAUUUCCCGCGACGCAGAGCUCGAGCGGCGACGCAGAUCAGUAUGGAUUCACAAUUAUGUUCGACAUCUAUUCUGUCUGUCAUUUUGUUUUAAAUUACAUUCAGUUUUCCUUUUUCUGGUCAAAAGGAAAAUGAUCAGAAAUUAAAUAAAUGUAUAAUUAAAGAUAAAGUAACUUGAAACAAGCGAUAGAAUAAUACAAACAAGAAAUUAAAAUAAUAGAACUACUUGAGAGUUCUGGUUUUAAUACCCUGCUUUAAACCCAUCAGGAGGUUACCACAGUUUUUUUUUUUUUUUUUUUUUUCCUGUUCGGCUGUUAGGUCAAGCAGAAUUGAGGAUCUGUAUCCCUUUAAUGCAGGAACAGUAUUACUGUGUCACAGUGGCGUUUUUAAGCUUCCGCUGUGGUUUGUUAGUAUUAUAAUUGAUGUUUAUUGAGUCAGAAUCGAUCAGUCGAACAGAACAAAGUUUCUAGAGGGGAGAGAGAAACAAAGACAAAGUACUAAUUGUAAACAGGAUGAGAAAAGUAAAUCAUGAUAUAUCUACAACAAUGAAACAUUAGAUAUGAGUGUUGCAGGGGGCUGUAGUGCUACACCCUGUGAGGGAAGGACAGGACAAGAUAGAACACAACAAGGACAGGAGAAGAAGCAUGCAGGACAACAGUCGUGAACCUGGCUGUACAACUGAAGUGUGGUGGGAUUGACUAUGUAAAUUAUAAAAGUCUAUAGGACGACAGUGUGAGUGAGGGGAUACACAAGCAAUUCGCAUAUUCAUGAGUUAUUUGUCGCAAUAAGUGAGUGGCCCCACACCCAGCAAAAGAGUCCCGGGGGUGUGUGCCUGCGGACAUAUGCAAGUGAAUUGACACUGUUUUGUAUGCACAAAGACUGACAGCAGUGUCCUCUAAUUGCUGUGCCUGCACCGCGGCAGCUGAGGACCUCACCCAAUCGAUCGAGGGGCGGGAUCGGGCCCAGGGGUCCACCCGUGAGCAGCCCAGUGGACGGGACACGUCCCACAACGAGAGACCCAGGGCGGUCUUCCAGCCCCACUGAGGCGCCCAGACACCUGGCCACCCGCUGGAGGCUGCAGGGACCCAAUGCUCAAUGGGAUUCAUUGGGAUUUGCACAGGGCCACGGGGACUUGGAGUUUAUCCCAUGCAGACGACACCCUGGACUGGUCGCCAGUCAAACACUGGGCACAUAUAAAACAGAGUCACUGAGUGGGAACGGAGCCCACGCUGUCAGCCAUCCAGCCGCUUGUCGUUGGUCUUACGUAGCUGCGGCUGACCCUUGACUCCCUGGAGGAUGGCUGUCUCUGCCCCCCUGACGCCGCUGCCUCUGACCCAGCUGGUGGAGGACGGAAGGAGCAGCGUGCCGAACCAUCUCCUGGAGUCUAAAAUCUAUGUUAGAGAGAAGAGCAAUGGCCUGAUCCAAGUGGAUCCUUCUGAACUUCAUUUCAGUGGCUUCAAGCUAGAGAAGGACUAUGUGAAGAGCGUGAAACUAAUCAACAUCUCAUCAAGAGUUCUAAAUAUUCACAUCAUCCCCACCCAAACCAAGCAUUUCCGAACAAACUAUGCCAAAAAGUGUCGUCUCAUUCCUGGCCUCGCCUACACAGUGAAGGUCAAAUUCUGUCCCCACGAGUGGACCCGUGUCUCUGACUGUAUUCGGGUUCACUGUGAGGAUGAUGAGAACCUUUUAAUUCCAGUUCACGCUUACCCCGCCACCGCUCACGUGCAUAUCCCAACGCGCGUUGACUUACCAGCUGUACCACUCGGACAGAGUGUUAGCUACAUCAUUCCAUUGAGCUGCAGAUCUCCCGCUGAUUUGGAGUUUGAAGUGCACCUUAUUGAGCCACAUGAGGCCUUUUCCAUCCACCCACUCACAGGUGUGAUCCAAGCCAAUGGUCAAUCUAAGAUCACCAUUACAUUCAGACCCUGCCGCUAUGAGACUUGUCAGGUCACCAUUAGGCUGCUUGUCUCACAAUUCAACACAAAAUCCUACCUCUGUACUGUUACCGGAAGCUCCGCCCCUCUCCUUGGUGUCAGGGAGCUUGCUCUUCAGAUCACACCUGCCAAAAGUAAAGUCUCUUUACCAGACAUCCAAGUUCAAAGAGUCAAACUAAAGUCUGCCAAGGAUGUUGUCAAACCCAAGGGUGCAUUAGGAGGUCCAGCUGGGAGCAAGCCAGGACCAAAGUCUUUGGUGGAUGCCUCCACCCACGCUGGGGUGGCAAAGAUGCUGCAGAAGGACAGUAGCAAACUUGGCGCUGAACACCCGAGUGAGGGUCUGCAGAACAAGCAGAAGAAGGAGGCUCUUUUCCUAAAAAAGGUUCAACAAAAUGUUAAAGAAGAGCAAAUCAAUCGCCUGAAAUUACAAGUCCAUCUGGGUAAAGACCCAGUGUCAGAGUCAACCAGGAGCCAGGUACUGGAGGACAGACUGAUUGCAUUACAGCAGUACAAGGUCAGGAAGGGAGAUGUAAGACGACAGGAAGACUUUACCAGUGGACCACCAAAACUUUACUCAAUACGACUAAUAUCUGACGCAGGGCAGGUCCCCAAAGGAGCCCCAUCCUUCCAGUUUCACCCCAGCUUUCAGUGGGCAUUAAAAGAGAGGGCCCUAAAACUCUUCCAGCAGGCAGCCCGGAAGGUUGUGAUGCAGUGUCGCAUGAAACGGACCUUGGCCUUGUGGAGGAAUCUACCAGACACUGCGGUGGGCUUGCUCUCGGCCAACAAAGUUGAAAAGGAGGAGGCAUGUGUUAUGAAGAUCUCCCCAGACAGGAUAUUUCCAUCUUCCUACCCACUUUUCUCAGAUGAAGCUGAUCCGCUGGCUCUUGACUUUUCUGCAGUGCCUGUGGAUGCUGUUGAUGUGAGGGUGACGACACAUGUUCCUACCUUCAAGCUUCAAGUUCCUCAGUACUAUAAGCUGAUGGGCUACCACCCUGUGUCAGCUUGGGAAGCCUUUAACGCUUUCAUUCCCACUACCUUAGCCCGACCACUUCGCACUGGAGAUCCAGUAAUGUUACAACACAUUAUGAUCAGCCAAUGUAAUCCAUGGUUACUGUAUUUACAAAGUAUUUUUCCUUCACAUUUUCCCCCCCAGGAGGCAGGUUCCCAGUCACCCACACCAGGGGAGGAGGAUGAGCAAGAUGCCAAUGAUCUAAACUUCACUCUCCCUCGCGCUCUACUUCGACCCAUUCAUGCACACCCACUCAGAAUCUUUAACCCUGCACCUGGCCUCCAGGCCUAUAAGCCAACCCCUAAAUACCUCGAAAGCGAUGUGGACUUUCACCUCUGCCCAUUGCCUCGUUAUUCAACCCCUGAGGGUCAAACUAGUGGGAUAGAGUCACAAACCUUACAAAUGCAGACUCUGGACACAAAGGAAGCGAUCACAGGGUUGAAGACGUGGGACAAUUUUGGCUUGGUAACUGCAACAUGUGUAUCCAGACAGGCUGCUCUGACCAGCAACAUCUUGCAUGGUUCUGCUGACUAUAAUAAAGACAUCCUUCCUGUCACAUCACCUGCUGCUUUCACCCAGCCUCCUGCUUAUCUCUCAGGAUGUACAGACAAAAGGUGCGAAGUGACACUAACCCCAGAGAUGAUAAAACGAGAAUUCCUAUCUCGUUUCCAGUGACAACCUUCCACAGGCACCAGAGGCAGCAUCUCGUCUGGGUUCAAACAGAUGAGGAAAAAGUGGGAUGAGGAAACUGCAGCUGUUUGGAGACUCAGUGAUCAUCACACAACUGACUAGGCCCCUCUCUCUCACACACACACACACACACACACGUGUUGCACACUUUUACAUCAAUAAAAAAAGAUUUUUGUGGAG